AUGGCUCUUGCUGUUAGUUUCUGUGACUACGAAAGUCUUUACAAUAAAAUGGAGAUCGAACCCAAUUUUCGUCUUGAGCGUGCUGCGAAAAGAGUCGCACAUCCUUUCUAUCUUGCCGAUUUGGAGAAAUGCGCAGCAGAGAUCGUGAUAUAUCUCGCUUUAACAAGUGGAACGGAACCCUAUCUCUCAGAUCGGGAUAAAACCCAAGCAUGCUUCUUGUGUGAUCCCAUUGACACUAGCACAGAAAAUAAACCUAAGGCAUGUUUCCAAGUACCUAUGCUCCUUGUCGCUGCUGAUCUCGCGAAUGUCUUCUACAAGGCAAAAUAUGGAAAGAUUGCACCCCGUACAACGUACAUCGGACUGAUCGACGCUCGCUGGUAUUACCGAUCGACACCUGAAUGCAUUUAA